AUGUCAACUUGCUCUGUUAAGCUAACAGAUCUCCUCGAUUUUGUGGAGAAUCCAGAUGGCUCCCUCACCAGAAACAGUCCAUUUCCUGAAGUACCGCCGACAGAACAAACAACUCCAGAUUCCAAAGAACUUUCGCUCUCGAAAGACAUCCCUCUAAAUCCCAACAACAAAACAUCCCUUCGUUUAUUUCGCCCUUUGAAACCCCCUCAAAAACUCCCUCUCAUUAUUUACUAUCAUGGAGGUGGCUUUGUUCUUUACAGCGCUGCAACUCUUGCUUUCCAUCAAACGUGCAGUGACAUGGCUUCUCAUUUCCCUGCUCUCGUCCUGUCUGUUGACUAUCGUCUUGCCCCUGAACAUCGCCUUCCUGCUGCAUAUGAAGAUGCUAUUGAGGCUAUGAAGUGGGUCCAAAACCAAGUUUUGGAUAUCAACGGCCCUUCUUGUGAACCUUGGCUUAAAGAAUACCUUGAUUAUUCAAGGUGUUUCUUGAUGGGCAUGAGUGCUGGAGGCAAUAUUGCUUACCAUGCAAACUUGCUUGCCUUGAAUAUUGAUAUCAAGCCCUUGGAAAUCAUUGGAGGAUAUGGUGGGGAUCCGCUUGUUGAUAAGCAAAAAGAACUGGUGAAGAUGUUAGAGUCGCGUGGAGUGGACGUGGUUACAAAGUUUGAUGAGGAUGGCUUCCAUGCUGUCGAGGUUUUUGAUCCUGCAAAGCUCAAGGUCUUGUACGAUUAUGUUAAAGAGUUUGUUAACACUACUGUUAAAUGA